GUCACAUCCUCACCAUGUUGUCGCUUCUUCGCCAGGGCGCUGCCAUCUCCCUCGCCGUUCUGGCGCUUCUCCCUGCUCCAGCUAGUGCCGGAGUCUUCGAGAAGCUAUCGGGCGUCCCCAGUGGUAGGGAUCCUCGCGUGUCGGUGGUGCCACCGUAGCUGACGCGAUACAUCCAGGAUGGAGAUACGAUAGCACCCCCAAUGGAAACGACCCCAUCCAGCUGCAGAUCGCCCUGGUGCAGCACGAUGUCGCCGGCUUCGAACAGGCCGUCAUAGGCAUGUCCACCCCCGGCCACGACGACUACGGCAAACACUUCCGCACCCACGACGAGAUGAAGCACAUGCUGCUCCCCAGCGACGACGCCGUCGACUCCGUCCGCGACUGGCUCGAGUCCGGUGGCGUGCAUGACAUCCAGCAGGACGCCGACUGGAUCAAGUUUCGCACCUCCGUCAGCACCGCCAAUGCCCUGCUGGACGCCGACUUCAACUGGUACACCAGCGAUUCGCGCCAUCUCCGCCGUCUGCGCACCCUGCAAUACUCAAUCCCCAACACCGUCGCGCCCCAUGUCAACAUGAUCCAGCCGACCACGCGCUUCGGCCAGAUCCAUCCCAACCGGGCCACCAUGCGCAGCAACCCCAGCGAGAUUGACGAGCGCUUCCUCGCCGCCGCCACGCGCGCCCAGAACAACUCCCACUGUGACUCGACUAUCACGCCCCAGUGUCUGAAGGACCUGUACAACAUCGGCACUUACAAAGCUGAUGCCAAUUCCGGCAGCAAGGUCGCCUUCGCCAGCUUUCUGGAGGAGUACGCGCGCUACGCAGAUCUAGCCCGGUUCGAGCAGCAGCUCGCGCCCGAGGCCGUCGGACAGAACUUCACCGUGGUGCAGUUCAACGGGGGACUAAACAACCAGUCUGCUACUGGCGACAGCGGCGAGGCCAACCUGGACCUGCAGUACAUCCUGGGCGUGAGCAACCCUCUCCCGAUCACCGAGUUCAGCACCGGGGGUCGCGGCCUGCUGAUCCCAGAUCCGACAUCCCCGGACCCCAACGAUAACAACAACGAGCCGUACCUGGAGUUUCUGCAGAACGUGCUGAAAUUGGACGAUGCCAGCCUUCCACAGGUCAUCUCCACCUCCUACGGCGAAGACGAACAGACCGUCCCCGAAUCCUACGCCCGCAGCGUCUGCAACCUCUACGCCCAACUCGGCAGCCGGGGCGUCUCCGUCCUCUUCUCUUCGGGUGACUCCGGCGUCGGCUCAGGCUGCCAAACCAACGACGGCACCAACCGCACGCACUUCCCGCCUCAAUUCCCCGCCUCCUGCCCAUGGGUCACCUCCGUCGGCGCGACCACCAAAACCCUCCCCGAAGAAGCCGUCAGUUUCUCCUCUGGCGGUUUCUCCGACUACUGGGCCCGCCCCAGCUACCAAGACACCGCCGUAAGCACCUACCUCAAUAACCUGGGCCCUCGCUUCUCGGGUUUAUUCAACAGCUCAGGCCGCGCUUUCCCCGAUGUCGCUGCCCAGGGCGUCAACUACGCUGUCUACGACAAGGGAAGACUGGGGCAAUUCGACGGAACGUCCUGCUCAUCACCAACUUUCGCGGGCGUGGUCGCGUUGCUUAAUGAUGCGAGAUUGAGGAAUGGGAAGCCUGUCCUGGGAUUCCUCAAUCCGUUACUGUACGGCAGUGCCAAGGACGCGUUGAAUGAUAUUGUGAAGGGCGGGAGUAAAGGCUGCGAUGGAAAGAAUCGGUUUGGCGGCCCCGGGAAUGGAAGUCCCGUUGUGCCGUAUGCCAGCUGGAAUGCCACCCCGGGUUGGGAUCCGGUUACGGGUCUUGGCACGCCGAAUUUUGGGCGGUUGGUGGGGGUUAUUAGGGAGGUGUGAUUUUAUUCGUUUUCGUGGGGUGUUAUUGUGGGAUGAG